AGUAGUCAUCCUCGCGUAGUUCUGAGGAAUAAAUCUUUCAUAUCCUGUUCCUUUACAACAUUUUUCUAUUUUCAUUUCGCUCAUAAGACAGACGGCUGGAGAACAAACAGCGCAUGUGGCAGCAGCUUUAUAUCCAAGCUUCGUUUGCGUCAGCACGUCGGAACCUUUAACGGUCGUCACGUCGUGCGUCAGCUGGCUGGGUGUUUUGAAAGGAGAUGGCUGGUUAGUAGGAGAGACACUGGGAUUAUACCACAGCGGAAACCGUAGCCAGACAGCAGCAGUCAGGCCCAAGCAUCUCGAGCGGAGGCAGAGCAGAGGAAGAUGAGCCUGCAUGGUGCCAGGGGCUGUGACCGUUCACGUGACCGCCGCCGCUCAAGUGACCGCUCCAGGGACUCUUCAGAGAGAGAAGGCCAGCUAACUCCCUGCAUUCGUAACGUCACUUCACCCACCCGCCAAUACAACAGUGACCGUGAACGGGAUGGUGGGCCGUCCUCGAGGCCCAGCAGUCCCCGGCCUCAGAGGAUCUCACCCAGCGGCUCCAGCAGCAGCGGGGUGGUGAGCAGUCGCAACAGUAGCUUGUCAAGUACUGAAGGCACUUUCAAAAGCUUGGGAGUUGGAGAGAUGGUUUUCGUCUACGAGAACGCUAAAGAAGGAGGCGCAAGUGCCACCGUUGGAAACCGAAACAUGAGGACUUCAGAGAGAGUCACUCUAAUCGUUGACAACACGCGCUUUGUCGUAGACCCUUCCAUCACCGCACAGCCCAAUACCAUGUUGGGCAGAAUGUUUGGAUCCGGCAGAGAACACAAUUUUACACGGCCCAAUGACAAGGGCGAGUAUGAGGUGGCGGAGGGCAUUAGCUCAACGGUUUUCCGAGCAAUUCUGGAUUACUACAAAUCUGGGAUUAUCCGUUGCCCUGAUGGAAUCUCUAUCCCUGAGUUGCGGGAGGCUUGUGACUAUCUAUGCAUCUCCUUCGACUACAGCACCAUCAAAUGCAGAGACCUCAGUGCCCUGAUUCAUGAGCUGUCCAACGACGGAGCUCGGCGUCAUUUGAGUUUUAACCUUGAGGAAAUGGUCCUGCCGUUGAUGGUGACCAGCGCUCAGAGUGGAGAGAGGGAGUGUCACAUUGUAGUCCUUACUGAUGACGACGUGGUGGACUGGGACGAAGAGUAUCCACCUCAAAUGGGGGAAGAGUAUUCACAGAUUAUUUACAGCACAAAACUGUACAGAUUUUUCAAGUACAUUGAAAACCGAGAUGUUGCCAAAUCAGUUUUAAAGGAGAGAGGAUUGAAGAAAAUAAGACUGGGCAUUGAAGGUUACCCGACGUAUAAAGAGAAGGUGAAGAAACGGCCGGGCGGUCGUCCGGAGGUCAUUUACAAUUACGUCCAGAGGCCCUUCAUCCGCAUGUCCUGGGAAAAGGAGGAGGGCAAAAGCCGCCACGUAGACUUUCAGUGCGUGAAGUCGAAGUCCAUCACCAACUUGGCAGCAGCCGCUGCGGACAUCCCCCAAGACCAGCUGGUCGUGAUGCACCCUGGGCCCCAGGUGGACGAACUGGACAUCCUCCCCAAUCACCCACCGAGUGGGAUUCACUACAGCAACAACUACAGCAACGAGCCCGAUCCUGAUGCACCUUCACCUGCUGUCUGAGGACGCUCCUCUCUCAAUGCCUCUGCCCCCCCCCCCCCCCCCCCCCCUUCUCGUCCCACUCCCAGCAUGCUGCAGCAUGGAGCGCCAGGGGCACCAUAACCAUAUUGCCUUGACACCUCCUUUGCAGCCUUAGAGCCUCAAGAACCUUGGAUGACUGUAGAAAAAGAAACGAGGAACACAAGACUGGUGAAAGGAAGACUUCACUGUUGUUUUCAUUUUGUUUUUUACUUGACCAAAGGAAUUUAUUUUUAUUUGGUGGAAAAAUUGUUCAAACACAUAGUAUUAACAUUAUUAUUUACAUGCGUUAUUGUAUACUUUCAUUUGACGGGUUUGGCCGAGCACUCUUGCGGUGUGAUUAUUUUUAUCACAAAUUUUUACUUUGCGCAUAAUUUUAAUUUUUAUCAUGGGUGGCCUAACUACUAAAAUGUGCUUUGGGAAGGAGAUACAAGAUUUACAAGGAAACAUUGUGGUCAUGAAGAAAAUCAGCUAUCACCUCUUAAGUGUCAUGAUCUGGUGCCGAACUCCUCUCAGACGUCUGUGAAUCUUGUGACGGCGACAUGUAGUCACCGGGCGGAUCUGAUACGUGAAGUUACGCUCCUCCCACAGCCAAGUCAUUAAGCAGAGCACAGGCUGAUGUGGUCGAAGUCUUUUUGUUCAAAGCUUGAAAUUGUUGUUUGAAAAUAAAACAUAAAAUCAUCAAAUAAAGAGGAAAAA